UUGGGUGUAUAUUAUUAGACGUUCAUAUGCUAGACGUCGGUGAUUCUGGAUGAACAACGGCAACUCUCUCUUUAUUCCAGAAAGUUCUCAAAAUGGCGAUGCACAUACCAAGAGCACCGGGAUUCUCCCAAAUGUUGAAAGAUGGGGCUAAGAACUAUCAAGGCCUAGAUGAAGCAGUUUACAGGAAUAUUGCAGCAUGUAAGCAGUUAGCAGAGACCACUAGAUCAGCUUUUGGUCCAAAUGGAAUGAACAAGAUGGUUAUCAACCAUAUUGAAAAACUAUUUGUAACCAAUGAUGCUGCUACAAUCAUUAAAGAAUUGGAAGUUCAACAUCCAGCUGCCAAGAUGCUCGUUCUUGCAUCUCAACAAAUGGAGCAGGAGAUCGGAGAUGCUACCAAUCUAGUGCUCUUGUUAGCUGGAGCACUGCUGGAGAAUGCUGAAGAGCUGCUGAGAAUGGGUCUGUCACCAACUGAGGUUAUUGAAGGUUAUGAACAGGCUAGCAAAAAAGCUCUGGAACUUCUACCAGAUUUAAGUUGUUCAACUGUGAAAGACUUGAAAGAUAGGAGUGAGGUAUGGAAGGCCAUCAAAACGUCUGUAAUGAGUAAACAAUAUGGAAAUGAGGAGUUCUUUUCUAAACUUAUUGCUGAUGCCUGCAUAUCUGUUAUGUGCAAGACUAAAACCUUCAAUGUAGAUAAUAUACGAGUAGCUAAAAUAUUGGGAUCAGGUAUGCUUCAAUCAUCUGUUGUUCAGGGUAUGGUUUUUAAACGUAAUGUAGAGGGCGACGUGGUAAAAGCUGAUGACGCAAAGAUCGCUGUUUACUCCUGUCCAAUCGACACUGCUCAUACUGAAACCAAGGGAACAGUGUUGAUCAAGACAGCGAAAGAACUUAAAAACUAUAGCAAAGGAGAAGAAAACAGUUUAGAAGAGCAAAUCAAGGCAAUUGCUGACACUGGUGUCAAAGUAGUAGUAGCAGGUGGAAAGGUCGGUGACCUGUGCUUGCAUUUUCUCAACAAGUACAACAUCAUGGCCGUUCGGCUCUCGUCCAAGUGGGACUUGCGUCGUUUGUGCAGAGCCGUUGGUGCUGUACCACUCCCAAGGAUGACGGCCCCCACCCCAGAUGAAAUGGGUCACUGUGACCAUGUUGAAAUUUCUGAGAUAGGGGACACAUCUGUUAUUAUCUUCAAACAGGAUAAAGAUGACAAUGCUGUUGCCACCAUUGUCCUCCGUGGUUCCACAGACAAUCUUAUGGAUGAUCUUGAGAGAGCCGUCGAUGAUGGUGUCAAUACAUUCAAAGUUCUCACAAAGGAUAACAACCUGGUUCCUGGUGCUGGAGCAUGCGAGAUUGAGCUGGCCAAGCAACUUACAUCUUACGGUGAGACGAUCCCAGGCCUAGCCCAGUAUGCAGUCAAGAAGUUUGCCCAGUCUUUUGAAGCCAUCCCCAGGGCUCUGUCAGACAACGCUGGUGUCAAGUCUACAGAGGUCUUGUCACAGCUCUACGCUGCCCAUCAAGAUGGACAAAAGAAUAUUGGAUUUGAUAUUGAGGCUGAAGGUGCUGGGGUAAAGGAUGUUGUAGAGGCAGGUAUAUUUGAUGCAUAUCUUGGCAAACACUGGGCAAUUAAGCUGGCUACAAACGCUGCUGUCACAGUCCUCAGAGUCGAUCAGAUUAUAAUGGCAAAACGAGCUGGUGGCCCCAAACCCCCGCAGAAGCAAGGCAACUGGGACGACGAAGACUAAAUAUUGGAAAUUUUUAAAUUGCAAUUAGACGUUUGGGAUGACUUCGGCCAUUGUUUUCAAACAGCCAGAGGACGGUGGAGCCUAGCUCCUAAGCCUCAGCAGCAGAUAUCCAAAAACGAAUAAACUUUCAGAUCUUGAUGCUUGGGGCCAAGUAGGUAUAAAUACCAAAAAUGCUGGUACUACAAAUGACUAUUAUUAUUGUCAAAUUUGUCAGCUCUGUGUCCACUUCUGUUUGGAUUACGUUUAAAUGUUGUGAUGUUGAUCAAUUUUGAAGAAGGAUUACCUUUCAGUCGAGUUUAGUAAUUCGAUCCAAAUUGAAUAGAUUGUUUAUUCUGCAUCUCUGCCUCUAGUACGUUGCUAGCCUGCCAUUAUCGCUUGUGCCUUUUUUUCAAGCUACUUAGGGGACUGCUCGCGGCGGUUUUUAAAAUAGUUUGCGUACAAUGACUCUGGUUGAUUUUUGCAAACAGAAUUCACAUUCAAGGUUAGAGCUGAAAUUAAAAUUGUGGGGCACGUCACUUUUGGUUCUCAUGCGACACAAACAACAUAUGCAUAUCAGUUGUCAUCUGUUUGACAUUACCAUCAUUUUAAUGUACAGUAUUCAGUAUUGUGCCUGCAUGUGGUGUGUAUUAAGGCCAACUUGGGAUUUAUCGUUGGGGGAGAGCCUUUAGGUGGUUUUUAAUAUUCUUUGAUGCAACUGUCCCGACCUUAUUCGUCUGUUUAAUUCGCACAAAUCUCUCCAGACUGCGACAUACAAUGGCCUUUAGCCUAAACAUUUGCCACAACCUUAUAAAAAAUAUGUGAAGAAUUAAGUCCUCAGUAAUAAAAAAUAUGAUAAAUUAUUGUUGAAAAUAUAAAUAUGUUUACACAUUAUGAUGUGUUUAGUUGUGCAGUAAUAUAGGUCCAGUUAGACAGAGUAAAUUAAUGUUUACUACUUUAGCAUCCUGAAUAUAUUGUAAUUGUAUCUGUUUGACUUUAAAGGUCAAAGGGACAUGACUCUAUAUUGUAGCUUCUUCAUCAUAAAAGGUUGAUUGAUUUAAAAUGAUGAUAGUAGAAUGUAAUGUAUUUGUUUUAUACCUGUACUGUUACGAUGGUUUGAAUAUGUUCACCAUCAUCACCAUAUUAGUUCGUCUUCCAAAGAUAAUGAAGGUCACUUACAUAACAUAGUUCAUGUGUCCUUGGUAAACAGGGAAGCUAUGGAAAAUGAAGUUUGGGUGGGUGAGGGGUAGGGGGGGGGGGCUGGGUGGUGUUGACAGGGUUUAACAUAAUUCUCUCAUUGAUUGUUGGUUGGCUCAGGCUUAAACGGUUCAUAGCUUUAGCUAUUUAUAGUGCGAUUAGGUUGAUUGCAGCAUGUAUCCUCAUGUACAGUAUUGAUAACUUGAUCCCGAGGCUGUAGCUUGAUGCAUUCAUAUAAAUCAUAGUUGCGGGUGCUUUAAAUUAUGUGUGCAGUUUACUUUACUUUUCUACUAUCAAUUUCUGUUUUUCAAGUGUUUGAAACUACAUGUGCAAAAAUUAAAAGGAAAGUGUACACUAAGAA